AUGCUCGGCAAAGUGUGGUUUUUCUCGCUUUUUCUUGGGAUAGAAUGUUACACCAUUGCCCAAGAAACUUUACUGCAUCAAAAUUUGUUAAACGGAUACAACAAAAGAAUUCGACCAGGAGCUGAUAGAACUAGGCCAGUUAAUCUAGAAGCUAGCUUCACUCUAGUAACACUUAAAGAAUUUUCCGAGAGUGAUGGUAAAAUUGCAGUAGUCGGUGCCUUUGGAUUUAGUUGGAGAGACGAGAGAUUGGUUUGGGACCCAGCGUCCUACGGAGGCGACCUCUACCGCACUAUUGUAUAUUUUGAGGACAUAUGGGUCCCACAGUUUGUGAAUUUGAAUCCCUACGAUAAACUUAAACGUGUUGGUCUCGAUGAAAUGUAUUGUACAGUAGAAGAUAAUGGCGAAUUGAAUUUUCAUCCUCCAGAUUUAUAUGAAUCUACAUGCGAUGCUGAUGUGACGCAUUACCCAUUUGACGAACAAAAAUGUUCCUUAUUGUAUUACAUUCCCGGAUACUAUAGUAACGAUAUCAACAUCACAGCAGCAUCAUCAGCUUUUAAUAUGGAACUCUACGAAAAGAAUGGACUAUGGGAAAUAUUAAAAACCUCAUUUUCUGUGAAAACGUCUGCUAAAAAUUUUCAAAUUAUCAGUCUCACAAUUGUCAUGACAAGGCGGACGGCGUAUUACAUCGCUGGCCUUCUUUUGCCAAUUGUUCUCAUGAAUUUCAUACAACUCUUCGUGUUCCUACUUCCGGUUGAAUCUGGAGAACGCGUGGGGUUCAGCAUUACGGUUCUCCUAGCGGUGGCAGUUUUUCUAACUAUCAUUCAGGAAAAACUUCCAGAGGCUUCAGAACCAAACGUAUCACUUCUUACAUAUAAACUAUUGGUGGAUAUGAUCAUCGGAUGUGGAAUGAUUUUUGCAGUUAUUAUUGGAAUGAGAUUCUACCACAGGAGUGAUGACAUACGGGUUCCCUGGAUUCUUCGGGGGUUUACACGCUGUUUCUAUUUGUGCUGUACGCCAAUUAACUUGAAGCAGUCAAUCAAACCUGACGAAGUUGUUGAAAUAAAACAUGAAAAACCAAGUAUUGGAUCUGAUGAAAUACCUAUUAAAUGGAAUGAUGUCGGGAAAGCGUUUGAUAGAGUUUGCUUACCUUUAUUCUUUCUGUCGUUGGUGAUGAAUAAUGUUGUUUACUUUAUAACAAUAUUUGCUUAA